GAUGGAUUAGCUCCAUUUUCCACCUAAGAGUGCAUUAAUAUCUCGAUUGCUUGGCAGUCAUGGAGGUGACAUCCACCCCAGCGAUGCUGCUCUACGCCGCCCUGUUCGCGGCGGCGCUGCUGUACCUCGCCGUCGCGGUCCGGCGCGGCCGCGGCGCCGGCCUGCCGCCGGGUCCGACGGGGCUGCCGCUCGUCGGCAGCUUGCUGUCCCUCGACCCGGAGCUGCACACCUACUUCGCCGGCCUCGCCGCCAGGUACGGCCCCAUCUUCUCUAUCCGCCUCGGCUCCAAGCUCGGCGUCGUCGUCACCUCGCCGGCGCUGGCGCGGGAGGUGCUGCGCGACCACGACCUCGUCUUCUCCAACCGCGACACGCCCGACGCCGCGUGCUCCAUCUCCUACGGCGGCGGGCAGAACAUCGUGUGGAACCCGGUCGGCCCCACGUGGCGCCUCCUCCGCCGCAUCUGCGUCCACGAGAUGAUCGGCCCCGCCGGCCUCGACAGCCUCCACGGCCUCCGCCGCCGGGAGUUCAUGGCCACGCUCCACCACCUGCGCGCGCGGUCCGGCGAGCCCGUCAACGUCGGCGCGCAGAUGUUCCUCACCGUGAUGAACGUGGUGACCGGCGCGCUGUGGGGCGGCAACGUCGGCAGCGAGAGCGAGCGGACGACGGUGGGGAAGGAGUUCCGGGAGCUCGUCGCCGACAUCACCGAGUUGCUCGGCGCGCCCAACGUGUCCGACUUCUUCCCGGCGCUGGCGCCGCUCGACAUCCAGGGCAUCCGCAACAAGUCCGACCUGCUCAAGGACCGCUUCGACGACAUCUUCGCCAGGAUCAUCCAGAAGAGGACCGAGUCCGACCAUGCCGCCGCCGCCGGCGAGACGGCGUCGGACUUCCUCGAGUACAUGCUCAAGCUGGAGAAGGAAGGCGGCGACGGGAAGACCGCCUUCACCAUGACCAACGUCAAGGCCCUGCUCAUGGACAUGGUGAUCGGGGGGACGGAGACGACGUCGAACACCGUGGAAUGGGGCAUGGCGGAGAUGCUCCAGAACAGGGGGACGCUGCGCAAGGUGCGGGAGGAGCUCGACGCGGUGGUGGGGCGCGACGGCGUGGUGGAGGAGAGCCACCUCCCGAAGCUGCACUACCUGAAUCUGGUGGUCAAGGAGACGCUCCGGCUGCACCCGGCGCUGCCGCUGAUGGUGCCGCACUGCCCCGGCGAGGACGCCACGGUGGGCGGCCACCGCGUCCCGGCGGGCGCCCGGGUGUUCGUCAACGUGUGGGCGAUCCAGAGGGACCCGGCGGUGUGGAAGGACCCGGAACACUUCAUCCCGGAGAGGUUCUUGCCGGCGGACGGCGGCGGAGGGCGGAGGCUGGACUUCACCGGGAGCGAGCAGGAGUACAUGCCGUUCGGGUCCGGGAGGAGGAUCUGCGCCGGCGUCGCCAUGGCGGAGCGGAUGGUGGCCUACUCGCUGGCGAUGCUGGUGCAGGCGUUCGACUGGGAGCUGCCGGCCGGCGAGCGGCUGGACCUCGCCGAGCGGUUCGGCAUCGUGAUGAAGAAGGCCACGCCGCUGGUCGCCGUGCCCACGCCGAGGCUCUCCAACCCUCAGCUCUACUCCGCCUAGAUACCAAAGGUUUUAAAUCUCGGGCUAUAAUUGUAGCUAGCUAUUCGAAAAUGAUCUAGCUAUUUACUCUCAUAUGCAUUUUAGCUGUUAUUUACCGUUUGAGAUAAUCUACCACAAAAUAUCUUAGUCUGCUAUUUAAAACACUGCUAGAUGCUGAUGUCACUCCAUCAAUCAAAUACACUCAAGUCAAAUGUUAGUGAGAGUUCAGUUAUGUUCGGCUCUGUUCAUCGGCACGAAACAAUUUUUCCGAGCUGGUGUGUUAGCUGGAGAAUGUCCAUCUAUGCUUUCAUCUAGGAAUGUAUACUUAAUAUAUUUUCAGCUAAAUAUGUAUGAAAAGAUAAUGAUAUAUACUACAAAUAUUGUGUGUAUUGCCGAUAAAUAAAGGAUGGAGAUAGAAAUUUACACCA